UAGAGCUCUACCUUUCACUUCCGGAGAGAAGUCUUCCUGGAUCCGGUUCUACAGAAAGACGGGGAUUGAGCGUUGGGUAUGGAUUGGGGGCUGUAAAAUAGCUGCCACGGAAGCCAAAGGGCAUAAGCUGAGACUCUCCCUGAGCCCCUAUGACGCGCCACGGCAAGAACUGCACAGCGGGGGCUGUCUAUACUUACCACGAGAAGAAAAAAGACACAGCUGCCUCCGGCUACGGGACCCAGAACGUCCGUCUCAGCAAGGAUGCCAUCAAGGACUUUGACUGCUGCUGUCUCUCCCUGCAGCCCUGCAAGGAUCCUGUAGUCACGCUUGAUGGAUACUUAUAUGAGAAAGAAGCCAUCCUGGAGUAUAUCCUGCACCAGAAAAAGGAGAUUGCCCGGCAAAUGAAGGCUUACGAAAAGCAGAAGAACGAGAAGAAGGCAGAGCUGGCAGAGCUGAGCAAGGCUGCCAAAGAGUCCAAGGUGAAGAGCUUCCUGGACAAAGAGCUGAGCAUCGUCAGCAAGCCCCUCAACCCCUUUGAUCGCAAGGAAGGCGAUUCCCAGCCUGGGCCCAGCAACGAAGACAAAGCCAAGCAGUUGCCCAGUUUUUGGAUCCCUUCGCUGACCCCAGAAGCCAAGACCAAAGUGGUUCAGAAGCCAGACAAGUGUGUUUAUUGCCCCAUGAGCGGGAAACCCCUGAAGCUGAAGGAUCUGAUCCCAGUGAACUUCACUCCCGUAGAUGCCAGCGUGGAUCGAGUCGGGCUGAUCAACCGGCAGGACCGCUACGUGUGCGCUGUCACGCGAGACAUGCUCGGCAACUCCGUCCCUUGUGCUGUGCUCCGGCCUUCGGGCUCUGUGGUGACGCUGGAGUGCGUGGAGAAACUCAUCAAGAAGGACAUGGUUGAUCCAGUGAAUGGAGAGAAACUAACGGACAAGGACAUCAUUGUCAUACAGCGGGGUGGCACCGGCUUUUCAGGGUCUGGGGUGGAGCUGGAGGCCAAGAAGUCCCGCCCCGUCAUGCAAGCUUAACGUGGCUCUCGAGCCAUAGCACAAACGGCUCCACUGCUCUGGGCUUCCUGCCAAACGGAGAAUAUCGCGUGUGGUGGAGUGGUGUCAACAGCUUUCUGUACUUUUGUAAAUAAAGUGAGGACUUCUGUAUCUGCUUGUGGACGAAAA